AUGACAAGGUUUGAUGAAUUGCCUGAAGGGUGUAUUGCCACCAUACUUUCUCGCACGACUCCGAUUGACGUUGGUAGAUUCUCCGUCCUUUCUAAGAUUUUUCGAUUUGCCGCCGAUUCUGAUGAUGUCUGGAAUCAUUUUCUCCCUUCUGACAUCUCAUCUAUCCUCUCACAAUCUCCUGCACUCUCCAACAUUCCAACCAAAAAGGCUCUCUAUCACGCUCUUUCUGAUCGUCCUAUCAUCAUCAACCAUGGGCAAAAGAGCUUUCAAUUGGAGAGAAAAAGUGGAAAAAAAUGUUAUAUGCUUGCUGCUAGAUCUCUCGGCAUUGCUUGGGGUGAUGAUGAUCGAUAUUGCAACUGGAUUGAUGUGCCUGAUUCUAGAUUCCCUGAGGUUGCGUAUCUUCGUCUUGUCUGGUGGCACGAAAUUCGUGGGGUGAUUAACGAUCUUGCCUUGUCUCCAAAUACUCGCUAUGCGGCUUAUCUUGUGUUCAAGAUGAUUGAUGCCCAUGGAUUCAGGAACCUUCCUGUGGACUUAUUCGUUGGCAUCGAAGGUGGCCUUAGCAACACUAAAACUGACUGUUUGGAACCCAAACUGCACGGUGGAUAUGGAUGGUAUUGUGUUCUGAGAGAGGUGGAGGACAUAGUUGUAGGACUACCACGUCCGAGUGUGAGAAGUGAUGGGUGGUUGGAGAUUGAGAUGGGAGAGUUCUUCAAUUCUAGCCUUGAAGAUGAAGAAAUCCAAAUGAGUGUUGUCGAGAAAUUUGAGAGUGACGAUGAGAAGGGAAAUUUCUAUCUUGAAGGAAUAGAACUUAGACCUAAGGUAGACAAUUAAACAACAUUCAUUGACCUAUGUAACAUAUAUUCUUGUUU